AUGGCUGCGGACGACGACGAAUUCGACCCCAACUACUCAUACGACGACGACGACAACUCCACAGAGUUACCGAACAACCUCCUGGCCGCAAUCAUCGACGUCCCGGCGUGCACGGGCUGGCUUCAAGACUCGGCCAUGAGCCUCGUUCCCAUCGUGUACGCGGCCGUGGCGCUCGCCGGGAUCGCGGGCCACCUCCCGCUGCUGCUGGUGCUCGCACGAGGACCACGCACCAGCACGCGUCUGCACCUGCUGCACCUCGCCGCUUGCGAUGUCCUCUUCCUCGCCAUGCUGCCCGUGCAGGCGGCGAUGCGCGGCGCGGAGCGGUGGAGCCACGGGGAGGUUUGCUGCAGUCUCCUGGGCGGCCUCUUCAGCACCAACCUGUGCGGCGCCUCCCUCAUGCUCGCCGCGCUCGGGGUCGACCGCUACCUGGCCGUGGUGCGCGCGCGCGGCUGGGCGCGCGCGCCGCGAGCCGCCGCGCGGCGCGUGCACGCCACGUGCGCGUGCGCGUGGCUCGCCGCGCUGCUGAUGAGCGCGCCCAGCUUCGCCAACUACCGCGUGCUCGCGGCCGAGUGCGUGUACGGCAACGGGAGUGGCAAGGCGACUGUGCGGCUGUUGCAGGUGCUGGGCUCGUGCGUGCUCCCUGGAGCCAUCAUGAGCUUCUGCUACGGCAGCAUCGCGUGGCGGCUGCUGCGGCUGAGAGACGCGAGGCGUCAACGCGCCCUGCGCAUCGUCUACGCCGCGGUGGUCGCCUUCGUGAGCUGCACGCUGCCCUACAACGCCGUGGCCCUGGUGGACGUCUACGCCUGGUCCUCCAUCCCGCCCGGCAACUGCCAAGAGCAGACGCUCAGAUUCACGGCCAAUCUGGUCACGGAGGUGCUCGCGUACAGCCACUGCGCCAUCCACCCCGUGCUGCACGCGUGCCUGAGCCGCGCCUUCCGCCAGCAGCUGCUGGCCAUGCUGCUGCGGCCACCGGCGACGUGGGGACGACGGCCACGGGGCCACAGGGCCACGGCCGCCGGGCCCGCGUCCGAGGGGGGGUCGUCGGGCAAGACGGAGCUGUCCCUGUCUGCUCGGGACACCGUGCUGGUGCACACUGUGAUCUGA